CCCUGGAGGAGGCUCAGCACAGAGGAGGAAGGACAGCAGAGCCGACAGUCACAGCAGCCCUGACUAGAGCGUUCCUGGAGCACAAGCUCCCCUACACAGAGGAGGACAGAGCAGACAGCAGAGACCAUGGGACCCCUCUCAGCCUCUCCCUGCAGAGUGCAUGUCCCCUGGAAGGAACUCCUUCUCACAGCCUCACUUCUAACCUUCUGGAACCUGCCUACCAGUGCCCAGCUCACUACUGAAUCCAUGCCAUCCAAUGCUGCAGAGGGGAAAGAGGUUCUUCUACUCACCUACAAUGUGCCCCAGAAUACGGAUGGCUUCAACUGGUACAAAGGGGAAAGAGUGGACGGCACCGUUCGAAUUAUAGGAUAUGUAAUAGCAAGUCAACUAACCACCCCAGGGCCCACAUACAGCGGCCGAGAGACAAUAUACCCCAAUGCCUCCCUGCUGAUCCAGAAUGUCACCCUGAAUGACACAGGAUUCUACACCCUGCAAGUCAUAAAGGCAGAUCUUACGAGUGAAGAAGCAACUGUCCAGUUCCGUGUAUACCCGGAGCUGCCCAAGCCAUUCAUCACCAGCAACAACUCCAACCCCGUGGAGGAUGAGGAUGCUGUGGCCUUAACCUGUGAACCUGAGACUCAGGAAUCCACCUACCUGUGGUGGGUGAACAAUCAGAGCCUCCCCGUGAGUCCCAGGCUGCAGCUGUCCAGUGACAACAGGACCCUCACUCUACUCAGCGUCACAAGGAAUGACACAGAAACAUAUGAGUGUGAAAUACAGAACCUAGUGAGUGCAAUCCGCAGUGACCCAGUCACCCUGGAUGUCCAAUAUGGCCCAGAUGGCCCCACCAUUUCCCCCUCAAACUCCAAUUACCGUCCAGGGGAAAAUCUGAACCUCUCCUGCCACGCAGCCUCUAACCCAGCUGCACAGUACUCUUGGUUUAUCAAUGGGACGUUCCAGCAAUCCACACAAGCGCUCUUUAUCCCCAGCGUCACUGUGGAUCACAGCGGAUCCUAUAUGUGCCAUGCCCACAACUUCGUCACUGGCCGCAACAGCACCACAGGCAGGAUCAUCACAGUCUCUGUACCAGGUAGUUCUGUUGUCUCAGCUGGGACCACUGUCAGCAUCCUGAUUGGAGUGCUGGCCAGCGUGAUUCUGAUAUAGCAGCCCUGGUGUAUUUUCGGUAUUUCAGGAAGACUGGCAGUAGUAUGAAAACAGAUGCACAUAGAAUUCUGAAGUUUCAAUGUUACACCUAAAAACAGGGUGAACUCCCCUCCACCACCUGCACUGUGGACUCCCCCACACCGUUCAUCACAAGCAACCUCUUAUCCCAUGGAGAACAAAGACUGUGUAGCAUUAACAUGUGAACUCUGAACUCAGGACACAUCCUGCAUGUGCUGAGAACCCUUUACUGACAAUCGAUUCAUGUGUGCAUAACAGAUACGGAAAUGAAGAAGGCACAUUCCCUACCCCCAGAGAACAUAAAGCAUAGAACAGAAGAUAAGACCUAAAAAUAAUCAUAAUACCCAACUAGAAAGGAGUGAGUGCCACAAGAAAUCAGAGAAAUCUGAUGGGAAAUACAGCUACACAUUGGAAUCACUCAGAAACAUUUAAAAAACCGAUGCUCAAGCCUCAACCAUAAAUUCUUUCACUGGUCUGAGGAUCCAGGCAUUGGUAAUUUUUAGGCCUCUCCAGAUGCUACUAGUGUGUAGCCAGGAUGGAGAACCCCUGUUCUAAUAGGUAGGACUGGGGGCUAAACCCAUGGUUUUUAGCUAGGAGUAUUAGAACUGCCUCUGGAGCUUUUUCUUUUUUCUUUCUUUUUUUUUUUUUUUAAGAGAUGGGGUUUCUCCAUCUUGGCCAGGCUAGUCUUGAACUCCCGACCUCGUGAUCCACCCAUCUCGGCCUCCCAAAGUGCUGGGAUUACAGGCAUGAGCCACCGCGCCCAGCCCGGAGCUUUUUCAACAUGUGUAGUCCUACACUUCAUUGGCCUUAUUCAUUAAUGAGCUCCACCAAGAACUCAGUAAUCUAAUUGAGAAACAGACACCGAAUGGAAAAGACAUCUUAUCUGACAUGUUAAAUUAUAUGGGAAGCAUUGUCAAAUGCUAAGUGAUGCUGAACCUUCUCUAAGUUACAUUUAUGGGUAUGUUACUGACAUGAGUGUUCCAAAAAUUACGUGAGAUUCCCAGAAAUCUAACAGGCUGUCAGCCAUAAUAAUACCAUGUGCCACAGAAGGAGCUAAAUAUCUAUGUGAGUUGCAUUCUUGUCAUAAUGAACUCUACGCGGGUUUGUGACCAGACUCAUUUUCAAUCUCUCUGUCAUCCACAGACAGUUGGUUUGAUUCUUCCUUAAAGCAUUUGCAAUCAGCCACCAUCCAAAACUGCUUCUUCAUCGAGGAUAUUUACAGAAAAGACUCUGACAAGUACUCUUGAAUACAAUUUUCUAAUAGCAUUAAAAUCGUACAAUUGGACCAUUUAAGAAUUUCCAAAAUUUUAACAAACUGAUAGCUUCAUGAAACUGCCAACCGAGAACAAGCAGAGAAAAUCAUUAAUUUCAUGGAACUCAAUGAUAAUAAUGAAAAUAAUAUUUUUAAGAUUUUUUUAUUUGAAAUAUUGAGGAUUCUUUAAGUGUUUUGUUUCGCAGGUUUCAGGAAAAACAUUUUUUCUUUUAAGCUAUCUAGAGUUUACAGUAAUUUAGUAAAGUAUACUUUUGUGAACAAAAAUGGAAACAUUUACAUUUUCUCCCUACCUGACUGCUCCAGAAUUCGGAAACUAUUCAUGAAUAUUUAUAUCUUUAUAAUAAUACAGUUAUUUCCACAAUAAAUAUAGUUGUUAAUAUUGAUUAUCAUAAAAUAAUUAUUACUUAAUUACUUAUGAAUAUAAUAUUUAUUUUUGCAACUUUGUGAUAAAUAAUAAUUAUAAUAUAAUUCUAAUAAUUAUUUAACAAUGAUUUGUUAUUAAUAUUCUAAUUAAUUUCAUUAAUGGUUAUUAAAAUCAUUAAUUAAUAUGAUAUAAUAAAAUAAUAUAGUUAUUUGCUCAAUACAAAUCUGCUCCCUUCAUAACAAGGAUACAUUUGAAAUAUUGAUUAUAUUACCCAGGCUUUGACUGGGAUGUUAUAUUUGAGAAUAUACAUAGAUGAACCCAUAGGCACUGAAGCAAAGUCUGAAGACGGCGUUGGCUUGGCUUCCUCAUGUCUAGAGGUUUCUACAAGUUUAAUCUGAGAUUCCUUAUAAAAACUUCCAGAAAAGCAAACUUAAAAAGACUCUAUGUGGUCAACUGCUACUCUCGAUGCACUUAAAUAAGAACGAGGCCAAGUUUGGUGAGACUACACUUAUUCGGAAAACAAAUAUGUCUUACCGGGCUUAUCUUUGGUAGAAACAGAUGGCCUGUGGAGAGAAAAAUUAUGCUGAAAAAAGCUAUAGUGCACCUGUUACGACAUCACAGCUCUGCUUAUUGCUUUUUAGUUUUCGUUAUUCACCUGUAGACUGGACCCUGAAUUCUUCUAGCUCCUCUGUGGGAAAUAAAAAAAGUUUCUCUUCAAAGUUUCCUUCCUUGUUAAAGAAUGACUCAUAAGUGUUAGAAAUAAUAGUUUGUUUUAAACACUUUCUUCAAAGCCUUUUUCCAGGCCGGGGGUGGUGGCUCACGCCUGUAAUCCGAGCACUUUGGAGGCCAAGGCGGGCAGAUCACCUGAGGUCGGGAGUUCAAGACCAGCCUGACCAACACGGUGAAACCCCACCUUAAAAAAAAAAAAAAGCGUUUUUGCUUUUUGCUCAUAACUCUUUGUUAAGCCCCAUUGUAUGUAGCUGUUAGACAUGCUCAUAGGCACAUAGUACAUUCUAUGUCCUUGUGCUUUAACCAAGAUAUCUGUGCUGGACGUGCUCACAGGCCUGUUCCAGCUCACAGCCUAUGCCCCUUCCUGAUUUAGACCUCCUUUUUGUUCUCCAUUACUUUUGCCUGUUUAGAAAAGUUUUAAGUUGUGAGCUAAUCGAAUUUAGUUUAGAAUGUGAGGUCUGGCUCCCACCAACAGAGAUCAGACACAGCAGUAAAGAUGACCCCAAAUACGCAAAGGGUAAAUAUGUCAGCUUUUCCUUUGUUCGUUGUACUCUCCCAGCAAGAUGGCUAACGGGAGCACCCUUCCUACAGAAAGUAAAGAUUGCUUUGCUGAGAGAA